CUGCAACGGAAGGCGUAAAGCUAAAGCGUUACCAAACUAUCUCCCAGUCUUGUCUGAAUUCUACUUUCAACCACAAAACCAAAAAAAAAAUGAUUCUAAUCCCAACUUCUUCUUCGUGUUCUUCAUACUCUUGUUGUAGCCUUCCUCAAGCUUCCUUCAAUUCUAAUUCAUAUUCAUCGAAUCAGUCUCUCUUCCUCUCCAAAUCCGCUUAUCCAAUUCCCCAUGGAAGCAGAAAGUUGAAGACUUUGCGUCUCAGAGCUAAUUUCUGGGAGUCAAUCCGAUCUGGGUUUGUAAAGAAUAAUAAUACUACCCAACUUGUGGAACCACCUUCUACAAUCGAAGAAGAUGAAGAUACGGAACCAGUACUUCCUGUUGAAUUUACUUUGGUUGAGAGAACCCUUCAAGAUGGCUUAGUGGAAGAGAUCAUAUUUUCUUCUGGUGGUGAAAUUGAUGUCUAUGAUCUUCAAACCCUUUGUGACAAGGUGGGAUGGCCUCGGAGACCGCUAACGAAAUUAGCUGCAGCUUUGAAGAAUAGUUAUAUGGUUGCUACAUUGCAUUCUGUAUUGAAGCCAUCAUCAUCAUCAGAAGGAGAUACUGAGCAGCAGCAGCAGCAGAAUAAGAAGCUUAUUGGAAUGGCACGUGCGACGUCAGAUCAUGCCUUCAAUGCUACUAUUUGGGAUGUUCUUGUUGAUCCUGAGUAUCAGGGUCAAGGGCUUGGUAAAGCUCUCGUGGAAAAGCUCGUAAGGGCUCUUCUUCAGAAAGAUAUUGGUAAUAUAUCUCUUUUUGCGGAUAGUCAAGUUGUGGAUUUCUAUCAGAACCUGGGGUUUGAGGCUGAUCCAGAAGGCAUCAAAGGCAUGUUUUGGUACCCAAAGUAGUAGUUGGCAGAUUUGCAAAAGAAUGUGAUUUUACUAUUUGGAUGUAUGCUUUCUUAUAUUGGAUCAGUAAGGAAGUUUACUAACUGUGCAUUUUGUAAGUUAUUUGUCUAUUUAAGAUUCAAUCAUAUGAGUAUAUGAUCAAUAGGAAGAAAAAAUUUCUGGUGCUGUAAAUGAG